CAGAACACGCGCAGAUACUCCAGUGCCCCUGUAGACGACGAUGUCAGACCCCGUGGCACGUGCUCGUGAGAUUGCGGCGCGUCUGGCGGCGGCAGCGAUUCCAGGCGGCGACGCGCUGGGCAAGCGCAAGAGCCGCUGGGAGGGCGAUGCUGAUGGCGGUAUGCGACCUGCCCCCGGUAUGGGUGAGAAGAAGCGCAAGAAAGUGUACAUCCCUGUGGACAAGUACCCGGAUAUCAACUUCAUGGGACUAUUAAUUGGUCCUCGCGGGUCCAACCAGAAGCGUAUGGAGGACGAGUCCGGAGCGCGCAUUCUGAUUCGCGGAAAAGGUUCGUCCAAGGACCCCACGGGCGAUCCGGAUGAAAACGAAGAGCUGCACGUUUUAAUCACUGCCGAUACGGACGAGGCCGUGGCGAAAGCUCAAAGCGCAGUGGAAGAAAUCCUCUUCAACCCGCAGCAAGCCAUGAAGCUCAAGCAAGAGCAACUGCGCAAGGUGGCCGAGCUCAAUGGCACGCUAAACGAGAACUACAGUGAGAGCCAUUCGAUUGGUCAAAACAACUAUGGCCCUGGCAAUGACGCGCACUCGUCAUCAUAUGACAUGAAGGUGCCACGCGAGCUAGUUGGGUACAUAAUUGGCCGCGGCGGCGAGACGAUUCGCGACCUCCAGAUGAAGAGCGGGGCGCACAUCCAGAUCGUCCGAGAGGAGGAGGGCGCGCCACAGACAGCAGACCGCUUUGUGAACAUCGCGGGCAACCAGGACACCCUCGAACUGGCCCAGAAGCUCAUCCAGAACCUGAUCGAUGAGCGGCAGCAGAACCAGGGCGCUGGAGGCUUCCGUGAGCGCGACGAUCGCGACCGAAUGGCUCGGUACGGCGGGAUAAACCCGGAUGGAUCGGAUUCCGUCGAGAUCAUGGUGCCGAACGAGCGUGUCGGCCUCAUUAUCGGACGUGGCGGCUGCACAAUCAAGGCCAUCCAGCAACGCACGGGAACUAGCGUCACCAUCCCGCAGACACCAGACCCGAACCAUCCCGAGAUGCGGCUGAUCACUAUCCGUGGUACAAUGGAAGCCAAGGAAGCCGCCAAGUUCGAGAUCCAGAGUAUGGUGAGUGACGAGCCAGGCCAACGUCACGGCUACGGGGCGACGUCGGGGCAGACGAUCUACAUGCAAGUGCCCAAUGACCGAGUGGGCGUCAUCAUCGGCAAGCGAGGCGAGACGAUCAAGGGCAUCCAAGACCGUCACGCGGUCCGCAUCCAGAUCCCUCAAGUGGCCGACGAAGGCUCGAAUCCUCCGGUACGAACGAUCUCGAUCCAAGGACCGGCGCCGAAUCUGGCUGGAGCCAAAGAAGAGGUCGAUAUGGUCAUCUUACAGGGCGCAGGUUGUCAGGGGGGAUACGGCAGUGGGAGUGGUGAUCGCUAUGGAGGGGGCGAUAGUAGCUAUGGAGGCUCGAGUAGUUAUGGACAGCAGCAGCAGCAGUACGGCGGCAGCUACGGCGCUCAAGGCCAACAGGAUCCGUACGCGGCGUACUACCAGCAAGCUGCCACGACUGCAGACCCGAACGACCCGAACGCGUAUUGGAACGGAUACUACGAGUACGCAGCGUAUUACGGCGUGGACGCAGCCAACGCGGCGUGGGGAGUCACGGGGGCUGCGGCACAGGCCAGUGCGGAGGCCUAUCAGCACUCACAGGUUUGUUGA